AUGAAUACAGCAGGUACAGGAGCAGAGAAUAUAUGUAGCAGUUGUAUGAAUAAAGCAAGUACAGAAGACGAGAACAUAUGUAGCAGUUGUAUGAAUACAGCAGGUACAGAAGAAGAGAACAUAUGCAGCAGUUGUAUGAAUAAAGCAGGUAUAGGAACAGAGAACAUAUGUAGCAGUUGUAUGAAUACAGCAGGUACAGAAGAAGAGAACAUAUGUAGCAGUUGUAUGAAUACAGCAGGUACAGAAGAAGAGAACAUAUGUAGCAGUUGUAUGAAUACAGAAGGUACAGAAGAAGAGAACAUAUGUAGCAGUUGUAUGAAUACAGUAGGUACAGAAGAAGAGAACAUAUGUAGCAGUUGUAUGAAUAAAGCAGGUAUAGGAACAGAGAACAUAUGUAGCAGUUGUAUGAAUACAGCAGGUACAGGAGCAGAGAACAUAUGUAGCAGUUGUAUGAAUACAGCAAGUACAGAAGAAGAGAACAUAUGUAGCAGUUGUAUGAAUACAGUAGGUACAGAAGAAGAGAACAUAUGUAGCAGUUGUAUGAAUACAGCAGGUAUAGGAACAGAGAACAUAUAUAGCAGUUGUAUGAAUACAGCAGGUACAGAACAAGAGAACAUAUAUGUAGCAGUUGUAUGA